AUGGGCUAUCCGCUACUCAACUCGCGCUACCACUCCACGGUCAAGGACAUAUUUGUCGAGGGCACUCUGGUAGAGACUUCCCAGGCCCAGACCAACGUAGAGCGCGAGGUUACGUAUAUAUUCAAAGUCCCGCUCAAGGCGUCCGUGAUUAGCUUCACAGCCAAGGUAGGAAACACAGUCGUCAAAGCGAUUAUGGAUGAAAAGGCCAAGGCCGACAAAAAGUAUCAAGCUGCCAAGAUGUUCCAAAUUAGCUUAGGCGCCGUCUCACCCAAUUCAACCAUUAAAGUGCGCGUGACCUAUGUCUAUAUCAUCUCAAGUAACACCAUCAAGGACUCGGUUCGCCUGACCAUCCCCGCGGGCUUAGCGGCCCGUCCCGGAGCAGGGCCUACAAGUGUGAUGACUAUACCGACAGCUCUGACUAGCUCAGACGCCGUCAUCAUUACUAUCAGCAUCAAAGUCAACCGUUCUAAGAUGAUUUUUAAUCUUAACUGCCUCACUCACCAUGCCAGCAUCACUAAUAACUUCUCUAAUAAUUCCUUUAAGGCGCUCCCGCCUAUUAAGAAGCGCAAGCACCACUUUAUUCUCUCGUGGACGGUCCCGAGGAUCGAUCAAGCUCAUUACAUCGUCAAGCAGCUUUCGCCGCCGCUCCCAGGACAGUCUCCUACUCUAGCCUUGGCGCUCACGCUCGUUUCCAAUCUUCGCCUGAGUGUUGAAGAGCAUGAGUACAUCUUCCUCGUCGACUACAGCGGUAGCAUAGAGGGCUCACGGAUUAAAAUGGCCAACAGCGUCGUCGAAACCAUGCUAAACCAGCUGCCAAGUCACACUGGUUCAACCUUUAACAUUUACAACUUCAACACCUCGGCGUGGUCCAUUGUGGCGGGCGGCAAGAGCGUUAUAUAUAACAAGAAGAACGUCUCGACAGCGGUCAGCAAUUUCCAGGUCAGCGCCACAGGCGGCACCAACAUUGACGCAGCCUUAACCACGGGCGUCACGGCCGCGAUGCGUACCGUCCAGCAGCACGCCGCCACAGCCGCGGGCCAGUCCAAGCUCCUGCGCGUAUUCGUCAUAGGUCUAGGCAACGAUGUCUCGCGGGGCAUGUGCGAAGGCCUGGCCCGGGCCGGCGCCGGCGCAACCGCCUACAUCAGCAAGACGCUACUGCAGGACCGCGAUCACGGCAAGGAAAAGGCGGAGACUCUCAUCAACGCCAUCAACUACGCGCCCGUGCACCCGGCGCCCGCCAAAUCUGGUGGUGGCGGCGCCGCCGACGGCGAGAACCAGGGGAGCCGCCCAAAGCCCAACCAGGCGGAGCUCGGCGCCGUGGCCAAGGGCGACAAUCUGCCGCCGCCCAAGGCAGCCAUCCGCAGCUACUGGUACGCAAUUGUGGACGGUGCGUCCAGAGACUCCAGGGUCACCAUCAACUACGACAUUCCCGGCAGCGGUAGCGCCAAGCACACCAUUAAGGUCGGGAAGAGGUUUGAGACCAACGGGCGUCUUAUCCAUAGGCUCGCUGCGCACGCCCUGAUCCAGACGUUUAAGCAGAAGCUACUAACCCAGACCAACCAGACCGACAAGUACUAG